CCGCCGCCCCCGCCAUGGGCGCCAGCGGCUCCAAGUCGCGGGGGCUGUGGCCCUUCGCCUCGCCGGCGGCGGGCGGCGGCGGCCCCGAGGGCCCCGGCGGGCAGCAGGCCCUGGCCCGGGCGCGGGCCGCGCGCGCCGCCACCCCCUUCGUGUUCACGCGGCGCGGCUCCAUGUACUACGAUGAGGACGGGGAUCUCGCUCACGAGUUCUACGAGGAGACAAUCGUCACCAAGAACGGGAGGAAGCGCGCCAAGCUGAAGAGGAUCCACAAGAACCUGAUACCUCAGGGCAUAGUGAAACUAGAGCACCCUCGCAUUCACGUGGAUUUCCCGGUGAUCAUCUGCGAGGUGUGAGUCCCAGACAUCUCUGCCUGCGGGCGGGAGGCCCUGCCCCACCGCCCCCAGCCUUGCCGGGCCAGGCUGCCCCAUGUUCCCACCCGAGGAGGACUCCGGGCGCACGGCGGGACAGUGGCUCUCCCCUCGCCCGGAGGUGAGGCGGAACAGAGCAGGCCCUCGCAGGAGAUGGGUGACCUUGUGCAACGACUGCUUAAAAACAUCCUCGCUUGAGUCAGAAGACUAAAAUACCUAUUGUAGCCUCUA